AUGUUGAUUCAUUGUAUCAUUUUGUGUGCCUUAGGAUGCGUAGCUGCAAACCCCGCGAAGGAAUAUGGAAAAUUCAACUUAACUAUAACAGAAUUCCAACUGUGUAAAGGUCCGAAACAAAAAGAUUGUGCAAUCUCAAAAGCAGUUGUAGUAAAUGGCAGCACAGUAGAAUAUGACUUGAACGUUUUGCAGAAUAUGUCACCAACAAAAGGCAAGAUCACAGCUAUAUCUAAGGGUAAGGAGUUCUUGAGGUUGCAUGUGAAGAAACCGUGCGAACAUCUGUUCCUGUGGCCUUUGAUUAGGACGCUUAUGAAUGUGACGAAGGAUUGCGUGGUAGUAAAGGGUCACUACAAAUACACUCUUGAUAUCGAAGCGAUAACACAUCAAUACUUCGGCGGUACAUUUUUAUUCGGGACGUGGAAUUUCAAGAGCAUGUUUUACUCAGAUAUGUGUAACUUCUCCUGUGCUAAUAUUCAAGUUAUGUUGCUUCCUGUGAAUAAAAAAGAUUAACUUACUCAAUAAAGUUAAUUAUUGGACUAAAUACCUAAUGUUUUAUUUUGUGGGCCUAUCAAGCGGU